GGAUAUUGUUCUACAAUCAACUUAUGUUCGCUGGUAAAUACUGUCUAAUAAGCAACAAUGGCGUCGUAUAACGUAUAUAUAUAAUAGGAAAUGAAAUGAGAGGAUUUUGGAGAAAUAUCGAUCUGAAAUUUACUGACUAAUAGGCUAUAUGUGCAUAUAGUAUUCAAUUAAAAUAUCGAUACGUUUUAGUUAUCAGAUUUUGUAGUCUUCUUAAUCAGCUUCCUUUUAUUAUUUUCUUUUAACUUUAAAUGCAUAUAAAUUUUUAUUUCGUUUAAUUUUUUAAAAGAAAAUAUAAGAAUUAGUAUAAUUUAAUGGGUAAUUAAUUCAUUAGUCUAUAUAGCAACUGAUUAAGCUCUCUCAUAUUCCUUGUUACUAGCUAAACUCUCUCCUUUGUGCUCUCCUCUCCAUUCUAUUAAUCUUUUAUUUUUCCUCUAUGGAGCACCGACGCCUUGUCCACGGAGCUGCGCCUCCGUUGACCGCCGUGGAGAGAUUCCUAUACGGCCAAAAGAAUGAUACCUUGUGUCCCAAGAAACAAGAUUGUUCUAGAGACCGACACCCACCGAUCAUGAAGAAGACAAAGGCGAUUGAGACCAAAAACGACAACAAAGAGAACCAUACGUGUGGUCCGAGGAAGGAUAAAUAUUUGGUCGCUAAUGGCAGAAUCUCUAUUGGGGACAUGGUCGUUAAAGAUGCAACCAGAGAUUAUCAAAACCCUACGAAGAAGCGACCAUGCAAGAAUAUUAUCAAAGGGCAAUGGACGGCUGAAGAAGACAGGAAGUUGAUAAGGUUAGUGAGGCAACUUGGGGAGAGGAAAUGGGCAAUGAUCUCGCAAAAACUUGAGGGAAGAGCAGGCAAACAAUGUCGUGAGAGAUGGCAUAAUCAUCUCCGUCCUGAUAUCAAGAAAGAUGGAUGGAGUGAAGAAGAAGAAAGGGUUCUUGUAGAAGCACACAAAAGAAUUGGGAACAAGUGGGCAGAGAUCGCUAAACUCAUACCAGGACGCACCGAGAACUCUAUCAAGAAUCACUGGAACGCGACUAAACGACGCCAAAACUCAAAACGCAAACAAAAACGUCGUCAAGAAAACGCGGAUAACUAUGAUAGCGAUCUCCCUCCAGCAGCUAAAAGGCCAUGCAUUCUCCAAGACUACAUCAAAAGCGUCUACAAUAAUGUCGAGAACAAGGCCAGUGACGAUAAUAAGAAUGAGAUUUCCAUCAGUGUACUUUCUACACCGAAUCUUGAUCAGACCUAUUCGGAUGGAGAUUCUACAUCAUCGGUCCUUGGCGAUCCAUAUGACGAGGAGCUAGUUUACCUACAAAACAUCUUUGCAAACCACCCGGUUUCUCUUGACAACAUUGGUUUAAACCAAACUUCUGACGAGGUAAACAUGAUCAAGAACCCUAGCUCGCACAAAAGUGUAUGGACUCAUCAUCAGGAUCAGGCAAUGGUUGCCGUUCCUGAGAAUAAACCGCACCUUGCGUCUGAUAUCUACUUGUCUUACUUGUUGAAUGGUACGGCGUCGUCGUCCUACUCCAACCCCCAUUUUCCAUCUUCCUCAUCUUCCACGUCAUCCACUACCGUAGAGAAGGGAGGCUAUAGCGAGUUUCUUGUCCCUCAUGCUAACUCUACAGGCGAAAAAAGAGAGAUGGAUCUGAUGGAGAUGCUCUCUGGUUCUAUUCAAGGUGGCAAUAAGUGUUUCCCAUUGUUCUAG